AUGCAUUCUCGCCCGACUCGUCCUCCUACUCCUACGAUACUACCAAGGUCGCAGUCGCAAAUAACACCCUUCUCACACUGGCCAGAAACGACGAACCCACCCCCGGCGUCCGCUUGGAUGUGGUGUUCUAGUAAGGAGCGCAUCCUUAUCGCCACCGCCAUCGCCAUCACCAUCACCAUCGCCAUCGCCAUCAUCGUCGCCGUCGUCCUUCAACCUCACUGCCCGCGCCCAAACUGCAAACUACGUUCCCUCCAGUGCGUCUUCCCACCGUGUUCAACCAUCUCCCCGCUUUAUCUUGCAUUCUUCCCACCUGUAGUACUCUACUCCACUUCUACUCUACCCUGUCCCGCCCCUUACCAACCAGAUCCCUCCCCAACCAUGCCCCGCACGCCCCGCACCCGCAUGCAGUCCCUCACAUCGCACGGUUCCAGGUCGGGUGGGCGCGUGCUCUAA